GGGGAAUUGCUUGUUACUUUCCUUCUCUCUCUUUCUCUCUCUCUUUCUCUUUCUGUCUCUCUUUCUCCUUCCCCCCUCUCUCUUUCUCCCCCCCUUCUCUCUCCUCCCUCCCUCCUCUCUCUCUCCCCCCGUUGGAGCAGCCGCACCUGAACUCCCUCCGCUUGCGCGGCUGCCUGUUUCCUGCCAGAGCCCCGGGAGGCAGGAGGAGGAAGAGGAGCGGCGGCGGCGGAUCAUGGAUAUCGAGAGGCUCCAGGAGGCAUUGAAAGAUUUUGAAAAAAGAGGGAAGAAGGAGGUCUGCCCAGUAUUGGAUCAAUUUCUUUGUCAUGUUGCCAAGACUGGAGAGACUAUGAUUCAGUGGUCUCAAUUCAAGGGAUAUUUUAUUUUCAAAUUGGAGAAAGUGAUGGAUGACUUCAGAACUUCUGCUCCUGAGCCAAGAGGCCCUCCUAACCCUAAUGUGGAAUAUAUUCCCUUUGAGGAGAUGAAAGAACGGAUUCUGAAAAUAGUUACUGGCUUUAAUGGUAUCCCAUUUACCAUUCAGCGACUUUGUGAGCUGCUAACAGAUCCUAGGCGGAAUUACACGGGAAUAGACAAAUUUCUCAGAGGAGUAGAAAAGAACGUUAUGGUUGUCAGCUGUGUGUAUCCUUCUUCAGAUGAAUCGCCAGCAUCUGAGCCUGAAAGAGUUCAAAACUGUCCUGUAAAAAACAAACACCCUGGAGAAGAUCCAUCAGAAAUGGAAGGUUAUGAAGUAAAAAGACUUAAAUUUGACAAAGAGGAGGUAACUGACGAACCCUCCAACCAGACUGGUUCCCAUGAAACUUGCUCAGCAAUGGUAGAAGAGACUGAGACAACUUCUACAUCUCAGGAUAAAGAAAAAGAAGCCAUUGGAGAGAGACAACAUUGUAAAGAAGAAGUUGAAGAGGAAGAAGACUCUCUCAUGAUGUCAAGAGAAGUGUUUCCAGAAAGAAAAGUUCUAGACAAAGACAGUGCCUCCUUACUUGAGAAAGAAGAUGUUUCUGAGGAGAAUAAUCAAAUUGGAGAAUCUGACGAGACUCAAGCAAUGAAAGACUCAUCUUCUCCAACUAGUGAGAACAGUGGAUCUUUUAGUAGCAAAGCUGACAGCAGUGACAAAGAAGAAUUGGGCUCAAAUGUUAGUGAAACUCCUGAAAUUGCAUCAGAGACCCCAGUGGAAAACAGCGAUGAAGCCACAGAAGCUGCAGAUGAACCUAUGGAACAAGACUAAUAAUUUUAAUAUACUUAGAGGCAGUAUUUUCCACGAGGCUCUGGUUUUACACUGUAUAAAUAAUUUUAUGUAAUAAAAGUGGACUGUUAGUUUUCCAAGAGAAGCAGGCUGUAAAUUGAACUUCUCAGUGCGUUAAAUCCUGAAGGACUUGUACUUGUUACUGUGAAAUAUUGGCUCCUUCAGGUCCUGCUUGCCACUGAAAUUUCAGUAUGGUCAAAUCUGGUCUGUGUAUAGUUUUUUAUUAUUUAGAAUUAAAAUUUUUAAACUGGAAGGCAGUUCUAAUUCUGACAAUUUUUUGGAGAUUCUACAUUUAAUUACUUCUCUCUCCUUUAAUUCCCCUGAAUGCUGUAGCAGUUAAUUUUUGGUUUGGUUUUUAACACUUCAAUUUCUUGUUGGUUUAUAGAUUUUCAUUUGACUACAUUUUGUGCUUGAAAAAGCUACACAUUGGCAUAUAAUAAAUACUUAAUAAUAUACAAAUCUAAAGAAAAUCUAUGUUUGCACUUUAGAUGCAUUUUCUGUUCCAGACAGAAGCAACCAAGUUCUUUCAUACAAGAAAACAUUUUUACCCCCGUAUAAACCAAAUAAAAUUAGGUCCAUCUGAUAGCCUAAAAGAUGCAAAUGUUGAAAGUACCAGGUCAAAUACAUUCCAAGAGUUCUGUUCUAACAACACUUUUUGUACAUUUCUGAGGUGCCUGGAAGAUAGGUUUCCAUUUUACUGUUGAAAAACUCUGUUGAGAACAGAUUUCAAAAUAAUAUCUUCAGCUUUUUUUUUUGUAGCAGGAAUGUUUGCAAACCUGACAAUAUAGUUUCUGUGAACAGAAAAAAAUUCUGACAUUACAUAAUGGUUUUAUAGUAAGAGAUCAAGACUGAUAUGAAAUGCUGCAGCAUUGCAUGUCUUAGUUACGUAUCAGAACUGAAUGGCUACCAUUUGUACAUUAUUUUGAAAGUGAACUAAAUAUUUUUGAACAUGCCACUUUGACAGCCAGUGUUAACACUUCCUUUCCAAAACCAGCUCAAAGCACAAUUACUGCUUUAAAUAAGUCACAUUAUAUUUUUCAGACAUCAGUGUGUAAAAACACUCAAAAUAUAACCUCCCAGUCACAUUUACUGGCUGCCAAAUUUAUACCUGUUUCUUCAACUGUACCUUUUUGAUAUUUAGAAUUUUUAAAUUUCUGUAAAGUAGAUUUUUGUAGAUUGUAAAGAGUGCUCACUGCCAUUGUGAAACGGUAUAUAAUUGUAUAAUUUGUGUGUAAACUGGAUGCUUGAGCUUUCAAUACAGUAUUCAUAUAAAGCAAUAAAUAUUAAUGUCAUAAAA